UUCAAUAGACUGCCAUCAGUUGAUGUUCGAUAUUUGUGUUGUUUGGUAUGGAUGUACACAUACUGACGGCGGUACGCGUAGGGCAACGACGGCGCAUAGUACUUUCAUGUGAUUUUAGCGGAAUAACGGUUAAUUGCAAAUAAAUCAACAUGAAAUUUGCAAUUUAAAGUGUAAUAUGUGUUCGUGCGUAUAUCAAAAUAUAGUGAUAUUAUUAUAAAUUGUUGAAAAGAUUUAAUCUCCAGUAAACUAAAAUUGCUUGGAUCUUAAUAAAACACAAAUCUAAGUAGUUUUAAGGUCAAACAAAGCAACGUUAAGAUAACGUGAGCUAACUAAUAGUUUGUUUAAAUAUUGAGUGAACGCCCAAGCUUAAAGCGGUCAAUGAAGCUAUGCGGCGUUAAUUGCUUUUGCCAGUUGUGAACUACCAAAUUUCUUGUUGUCUAUAUAAUCCACACCACAUAUUGCAGCAACAACAACAAUACAGUAACAGUAGUUGGUAAAAUUUCAGGCUGUCAACUAUUUAAAUGUGUGGCAUUUCUACAAGUAUGUGAAACUCAAAUGCAGGCAUAACACCGGCAAUUGUUCUCCAGCUCUGCAGUGCGUAUGAGUGCUCAGCAACUGCAUGCAUUAUGGUCAACUCUUCGUAAUAAUAUAGAAUUCAAUUAAGCAUGCUACGUGCCUGCUGUUGUUCUUAUAGUAGUUGAAAGCAGCCAUAAGAGUUCAGUGUUAAGAUGUAAGAGAUGUUGUGUUCAAGAUAGUAAAAGCUCUCCAAUUAAAGCGUGAACGUGUGUACUUGCGUGCUUCCGUUUUGGCGUGUACAAGGCGCCACUAUGUCGUCCUUGCAUCGUCACACGUCUGUGUAAACAGUCAACUGUCUGGAAGGCUAAGUUUAUGUCGCAGAAGUUAUUUGUGUCGGUUUAAGUGCUGUUUGGUCGGUUUACCGGUGGCGCUGCUGUACAUUUAGCCCCUGUUAGUGUGUGUUUGUAGUGUUUGUGUGAGUCUAAUCAUAGUUUUCUGCCCUCCAGCUAGCAGCAUUGUACAAUAAUGUGUACUACUAAGUAGUUAAAGUGCAUGAAUAAUUUUUUUUGCAACGCCGUAAUAGAUUUACACGGGCGUUGCAAAGCACAAAACCUAAUGUUUGUGCGUGUGUAUGUGCGUCAUUGCGAAAAGUUGUGACUGACAGCCAUUAUAAGGAAAUACAGCACUUAAGCAAUAAAUGAAGUAAGGUCUGCUGACCUUGUAACAUGUGCAGGUGAAAGGUAAUAACAACCUUAAAAAAUAGAAAUCUUCCGAAAAACUCAAGUAUAACGAGGUGUAUUGUGAAAAUUGUCGCAGUUAUGUACCUUUUGUCGAUUUUCGUAUUUGGCAUUGACAGAUGUUAGCAGCCAUAAGUUACGUGCAUUGCUUGCUAAACGCGCUUUCAUAGCGAAGAAGUAAAGCAAAAUAAAAAAACAAAAUUGUGACUUAUAUAUAUACCUAUAUAUAUAUAUAUAUAUAUAUAUAUAGUGGGAAUGUGGAAACGUGCAGCAAGUGGAAUGAAAUAGCUGCUAGAAAUAUGUUAUAAAGGAAAACCAACAAAUCAAAAAUAUAAAAUUGUAAAAGGCAAAAUCUCAGCAAAUUAAAGCUGACACAAACGUCCUUUGAUCAGCUGCAGUUUUAAGUGCGUGUUUAUGUUCUCUGCCACCUGCUAAUAUUGGCGCUGAAAACGUGGCAAAAAUAAGUGAAGUGUAAUUUAAUUAAAUUUAAUAACAGUGGAAAGGAAGUGAAGCAUAUCGGUAACAAGAAAACUCUGAAAAGAUAAGUGUAGCUUCGGCAUGAAAAAUGCCAAGCUGGCCAUAAUUGAAAAUGAAAUUGAAAUACAAUUUAAAUAAAGGCGAAGUAGCUUAUUGAAUGGCUAAAAUGGACAGCGGUACGAAAAUUAACUAGGCUAACUCAGUGAAUAACGAUUGAAGAGCAAAUGUUGGAGAGUGCACUCGGUUACAGAAAUACUUUUACGAAUAUUACGAAGCUCAAACACAAAUACGAAUGGAUCAGCUAAGCUAAAAGACAUUAUUAUCAAGAGGUUUAAGGAGAGUAAAGUAUUUAGUAAACAAAUACUAAAUAAACAAAAUUAAAUUUAAACACUAAAAAAUGGAUAUUAACGAAGGAAGAGGUAAAAGGGUUUAAGCUUUGUAAUAGUGAAAUAUGAAGAAAAUUUAAUGCUCUCUUAUAUUACAAAAAAAAAAAAACAGAAAAUAUAACCUGGCAAACAAUGAAUGCACUAAUUAGCAUGGGAAUUAGAUCGAAUUCUACGCCAAAUUAAAGCAAAUUAUACAUAAUUAAACGAGGUAACUUUUGCAAUUAGCACAUGAAAAGCCAUUUAUGUAAUAAACACUUGAAAUUUUAAAAACUGCCUGCUAUAUAAAAUUGUAUGAAUUCGUAAGAAAAUGGGGUUUGGACCAAAUACAACAAGAAGCACCGUAAGCAGCAAAUGCAUGGAAUAAUUUUACUGCCAUUAUAAAAGGAAUACGCCAUUAAACGCAAACCGUUAGGUGCAUAAAUAGCAAUAACAAGCAUUUCAUUUAGCGCCCAGCAGCCAAAGAGCAUAGAGCGGACAGCAACGCCAAUAGCGGCAGCAUCAUUAGCUGCACCAAGAGUCAGACAUUUAGAAAGGCGCUACAUAGCGUCAUUAUGAUAAUGUUACUACGUUACUUGCACUUGCUGGAAACGAAAACCACCGUACUUUCCAUACUCUUCCUACUAUUGGCAUGUGUCGGCGAUGGCGGCGGUAACAGUGGUACAUUCGUCACAGCGUCAACAACAACGCAUAUCGCGAACAAUCAAAAUGCCAACACACGAAAUUACAGCCGCAGCGGACGUGAUAUCACUGCUUAUGGGGUCAGUAGUAGUAGUAGUAGUAGUGGUGGUAGCUCUUCAGCAGUCUUUCGUGCGCUUAUCUCCGCCUCAUUAACGGACAGCAACAAUCGCCUACAGUCAGCCGCCGCAUUAGCGGCUGAAGACAGCGGUUUGCAAAUGUCGCUCGUAUCCUCACCGAUAACGACUGCCUCACUCACCGCAAAUAAUAUAUUUCUGGGUCCGUCGCUCUCAUUGACAAGCAGUAGUGCCGCAUCUGCUACCUCCGGCGCUGGCUCACUGCUACAAUCCGCUUCAUUGGCGGGUGGUGCCGGUAGCAGUAAUAGCGGCGGUAGUGUUAGUAGUAGUGGACGUAGUAGUCGUCAAAAUAUCGGUGCCGGUAUAACCAACAACAAUGUCAAUAGUCAUACACAUGGCGAUCAACUGCCAGCGCAACUAUCCUCGCGUAUUAUACACACACGUAACGGCGCCAUAUCCGGUGUUAUUGUGCAACUUGAAGGUCGUCACUUAGAUCCGGUGGAAGCGUAUCGCGGCAUACCGUACGCUUCACCACCUGUGGGCAAUUUACGCUUCAUGCCACCUGUUUCAGCGGCCAUGUGGUCGGGCGUGAAGAAAGCAGAUAGAUUUAGUCCGGUUUGCCCGCAACGCCUGCCCGAUAUCGCCAACGAGACAGCCGCUUUAGAGCGCAUGCCCAAAGGACGGCUGGAAUAUUUGAAGCGUCUAUUGCCAUAUCUGCAAAACCAAUCGGAAGAUUGCCUAUAUUUGAACAUUUACGUGCCAAUACAAGUUGCAUCACGUGACGCUUCUGGCAGUAGCAGCAGCAGCAGCAGCGGAUCAAGUAACAAUGCUGGCAGUGGUAGUGGCAGUAGUGGUGGACCAAAUAAAUAUCCAGUGCUAGUAUUUGUACAUGGUGAAUCCUAUGAAUGGAAUAGCGGCAAUCCAUAUGAUGGCUCCGUGCUGGCGAGCUUUGGACAAAUACUUGUCGUUACAAUAAAUUAUCGACUGGGCAUACUAGGUUUCUUAAACGCCAAUACAGAUCGCUACUCAAAACUGCCAGCCAACUAUGGCCUAAUGGACAUCAUUGCCGCAUUACACUGGCUUAAAGAGAAUAUCGCGGCAUUUGGUGGCGACUCGCAGAGUAUUACGUUGUCGGGUCACGGCACUGGAGCAGCGUGUGUGCAUUUUCUCAUCUCCUCACUAGCGGUGCCGGAAGGUCUACUAUUCAACCGCGCCAUACUCAUGUCCGGCUCAGGUUUGGCGCCUUGGUCGCUAGUGAGCAACCCUGCCAAAUAUGCGGCUAUUGUUGCGCAUCAUGUCAAUUGUGCACCUGAUCUGUCACAUGCACAUCUCAUGAAGUGUCUGCGCGACAAGACACUGGACCAGCUGCUGAGCGUACCCAUACAUCAGCCCGAAUUUGGUUUCGCACUUGGUCCAAGUAUUGAUGGUGUGGUCAUCGAUGGUGGUGAUUAUGUACCACCAGCACCCGGUUCGGCUGCAGCACAAGCUCAAGCCUCAACUGCUGCCGGUGGUGGCCUCGGUGGUGGUGCCGGCAUUGCGGCAGCGGGUGGUUGGGGUACGCCGGGACAAUUGGAGAAUAUUGUAUUAAUGAGGAAAACAGCCAUUAACAAGUUGUCAAGAUAUGACCUGUUGGCUGGUGUGACACGUGCCGAAGCAUUUUUCUCCUUCAAUUCCGGCGACGUACAGUACGGCAUUGAGGCGGAUCGUCGCUCGAAAAUACUAAAGGCCUACGUACGCAAUACAUAUACGUAUCAUCUGAACGAAAUAUUCGCGACGAUUGUUAAUGAGUACACGGAUUGGGAGCGACCCGUACAGCAUCCAAUUAAUAUACGUGAUGAAACACUGGAAGCGCUUAGCGAUGCACAAGUGGUAGCACCGGCUGCUCAAACCGUGGACUUACACUCGGCGGAUCAUCGCAAUUCGUAUUUGUACGUCUUUGACUAUCAAACCAGAUAUGGGGAUUAUCCGCAGCGCCAAGGUUGCAUUCAUGGCGAGGAUUUGCCCUACCUGUUUGGCGCACCAUUAGUGGGUGGCUUUAGUCAUUUCACACGAAACUAUACCAAAACAGAAAUAAAUCUCUCAGAGGUUGUAAUGCUCUACUGGUCGAACUUCGUGCGUACUGGCAAUCCGAAUGAACAAAUGGAAGGCGAACAUCCCGGUAGUCGACAAGAGCGUAGUCGUUACAAAACGAUUGAAUGGACCGCUUACGAGAGUGUGCAUAAGAAGUAUCUCAAUUUCGACACAAAACCCAAACUCAAGAAUCACUAUCGCGCACAUCGCUUAUCCUUCUGGUUGAAUCUCAUUCCCGAUCUGCACAAGCCAGGCGGUGAUAAUGUGCCCGCCGCCCAUCACCAACUGCUGGAUGAUUCCGAUGAUGACGUCGACAAUAAUAUCGCACAUGACGGUUCUGUUAAACCACUCAACCCACCCUAUUCGCCGCAUGCUGGCAGCGCGGCGCUCGGCAAUUUCACACUAUUUACUAAUCAAGUAUUCUCAUUGCUGAAUCUGUCGUCACCCUCAUCGGCGCGUAAUGGCUCACGUUAUGGUAGUAAAAUGUAUGGCGGUGAGGAGAACGGUGAAGCGCAUGCCGCCGGCAGUGGUUCGCCCCCGGAAGGUCAAGACGGUUUUGCUGCCUACUCCACAGCACUGAGCGUCACAAUUGCGAUUGGCUGUUCGCUGCUCAUACUCAACGUGCUUAUCUUUGCUGGUGUUUACUAUCAACGCGACAAAACGCGCCUGAGUGAGCCGCGUGCGCAAACGAAACUAAAGCGACAGGAAAACGGUCAAAUGCCGAAUAACAUUUGCGGCGAUCUCGAAACCUUAACGAUACACACGAAAAACGAUCCGGCAACAAUACUUUCACAUCAUCAUGCGUUACAACAUCAACACCAACUGCCGCCACCUGAAUUCGCGGAUAUACCGCAUCGUGCGCCGCCGCCGCCGAAGCAUUUAAAAUCGCUGCAAGAUGCCACUAGCAACAUGAAUAUGGGUGGCGCGCUCAAUGCGACGGGUAGCGCGUCAAGCGGUGGGAGUAUGGUAGGUGGCGGCAUGGGUAGCAAUGCUGGUGGUGGCAAUGCUGCUGGUAUUGGCGGCAUGGGCAGCGCUAACGGGCAAAGUAGUAGUGGAUCUAGUGGUAGUGGAGGCGUUGGUGGUGGCGGUGGCAGCAUGCUGGGUCUAAUGCCACCACCGCAUGCGCUGCAAGUGAUGGGCAAUCAAUGUGGCACACUUACCAAAAAGAGCUGCAUGAAACAAACGCAACAGCAGCAACAACAGCAACAGCUAGUUGUUACACAUCAGCAACAUUUGCAGAAUCAUCAUAAUCAAAGCAUGACGACGGCUUUAAUGGGUGGCGGCGGUGGUGCUGUCGGUCCACCGCCACCAUCCGUAUCUAGCGCACAAGCGCACACACAUGCAAAUGUGCAGCAACAGCAACAACAACAUCAUCAGCAAGCACAACUACAACAAAUCCAACAGCAUCCACUAAUGGAUGAGUUGCGAGUGUGACAUUAAUUAACAGUGCGUUUCAAAUGUGAUCUCUAGCGGUGAUUAAAUGAUUGUGAUGUGAAAUGACGUGGAAAGGGGCGACACACAAUGCUACAUAGCUCGAUUUAAGUGUGUGUAUGUAUGCCGACAUGUGUAUUUAUGUGCGUGUGGGUGUGUGUGUGUUUAUUUGAGUGUAAGCGUGUAGUGUAUAUGCGUGUGCUAUUGUUGCACAUCCUUGCUGUUUAACAACCAUUAGGUAUUCGCUCUGUAUGCGUCUAUCCUUUUGUCAAUGAGCGAGAACGUCACUGUAUUUAGUAGCAAACGAAAACGGGAUUACAUGGCGUAGGCGCAUUUUGUUAAUUACAUAUAAAUACAUAUUUAAUAGUAUUAGUAAUAAAUAUAGAAUUCAAGAAUGGUAUUUAUAUUAAGCCCCUAGGAAAAUUAUAUAUAAAGUCAUGGUGCUUGGCACAAAACCGAAUUAUUAUUUCCAAAUGUUCUAACUAUAACUGUAUUUAAUAGCAAGUUUUAAAAUAAAGUUUUUGAUUGUCAUAAAAAAUUUAAAUUCAGCAAUCAGAUGUGUUGUACUUGUAUAUAGUGUAGCUAAGGUGAUAAAACUCUAAAAUAUAUUAUAUAAACUGAAUAAGCAACAAUUGGCGGCACAAAGUUGGUAUUCGAUCUUUUUUAUAUAAGUUUAGUUCGCACUUUUACUAGCAGAAAAAAUUAAACUUCGAAAAAUAACUAAUCUAUAAAUUUAUUAUGACUCGAUUAUUUUUAAUUUUUUAAUUAAAAUAUUUUGUGUUGAUGUGUGUAGCGGCACAAUUUUUACUAGCAAUAUCGAUAUGAUUUUUUGGAAUCAAUAGGAAACUAGUAUUGGUUGCCUAAAAAUGGAAGCGCAGGUGCGCCAGACUGCAGGCAGCCGCUCUUAGGCCUUAUCCAGCUGAAUAAUGUUUCUCAAGUUAUAGCAUUGGGAGCCGGCGAGCUGAAUCUUAGGCAUUCGUAAGACAACGUUCCAGCGUUUCAUCGCAGAAUACACUUUUCCAAUUUUUUAUAGGUAGGAUCUUAAAGUGCCCAGUGAAUAUCCCUACAAUAUUACUAAGUUCCCUUUUGUCCGGAAAUAAAAGCUUUGCGGUCUGUUCACCAUCAGCACUACCCAAAGUAACUUUGUGCUAUGCUCUAUGUUGCUAAUAGAAGUUAGGUAUUCUUUUAGGGUCCAUUGAAGGACCUGAAUGGUCUGUGUCAGCUUUGGGGAGUUGUGUUCGCAACUGCCACUGAGCGCUCCAACUCUUCUGCCUUUUCGCUUCUUUCUAUUAUUAUAUGACUGGGUACCCAAAUGAAAUAACCGAGUUACCUACAGAUAGUCUAGCUUUUGCCGCUUGCAUAACCUAACGUAGCGAGCCUCAGUUUUGGCGCUACGUAUACAUUAAUUGUCGCUUGGCUGUUCACUAGAAAGUUUAUGGACUUGCUGCCUAGAGCAGAAGCCCACAAGGUGCCAGUGUUAUGUCGACAAUUUUGUACUAAAUAACAGAGUUGUAGUUAUUUACCUAGUUUGAAACUACCUUCUGCAUAUGGAAUACUAGAGAAGAAGUCCGCCGCUGUUCCUAUUGCACCCUUUCAUCUGUCGUUGAAUAUGUAUAUAUUUUAUAGGCCGCAAAUAUAAGUGGACUGUCCCCGGUUAGAUUAUUUAUAUUAUAUUCACUCUGUAGCAUGAAAUAUGUAGAUACUAUUACUUGUGAUAAAUUUUGUCUCAAAUCUGAUAGUGGACUAUUAGUGAAGAAGUGUGCCUUUUCAUAUUGGUACAUUUGCAAAAUGUGGAGGAGACUAACCUUUAUACAUUAAUCGUUUUUCCCAACAACAUCUUUUAGAAAUAUAUUUAUAUAAUGUUUCAACUUCACUAACAUUAGUAAGAGUUAAUUUUGUGAAUCCCUGCAAGAGAAUAAGCUUUGUUACAGUUAAAAAUAUUCUUAUUCUGUUAAGAAAUGUGAUAUACUAAUGGUACUUUACUUGAGCAUAACUUUGUUUUUUUUUUUUUUUCAUAGAGGAGGAAGUACGUUUACAUAUGCCAGGCUAAGGUGUUUCGCUCUAGGUAUGUCGGACUUGAACAUUACUUGACUUGGUAACUUGCUAAUGUUAAUACCGACUAAAAAAUCCCCUUUCUUCCGGCCACAUAUCCCCCCCGGAACCGCCGCUAGGCAUUACUUCGUAUAGCUUAGUUGAGCAUAGCUUAGUUGAGCAUAGCUCGCUCUAAAGAAAUGCCGAGUUUUUACUUUUACGAAUUGAUUAAUAGUUUCCACGAAAUUUAUAGAACUUUCUUAUAUUCAUCUGCUCUUGGUAAGCAAUUUCUGCGGCAAACCAUUAUCCGAUGUUCUUUUAUAAUGGUUGUAACAUGUAAUGUGGCUGUUUAAACAACGAAGCGAUAUCUGGCCUAAAGUUCUUUGUUCUGUUAUGUUAUUUUGGUUCACUCAACAACUUUAGUCAUAAACGCUACCGUGAUUAUUUUCAGUAAGACACGAUAUUAUUCCUAGCAAAGUAGCCCGAAUAUAUAUAGUCCUAAGGUGUAAAAGAUAAAAUCGCCUAAACUCACAACCAAACUUUGGCUAGCAAAUCAAAUCUUCUAUAAAGUGUAACACAUUAUACUCUUUUGUGGAUGUUGUGUCAGAAUAUAAAAAAAAUGGUAUUUAAUACUCUUCAAUCAAGGCCAUAAAACAAUUUUAUUUUUAAUUCAAGCGGAUCUGUUAUUCUGUGUAUGCACAUAUGGCGACAGCAUGUUGCAGUUGUAGCAGCUGAAUAACUCAAUUAAGAACAUGUAUUUUGUAAACAUAAAAGAAGCCGCCUGAUCGCAUCUAUAUGUAAUUGAAGCCGUCAGCUUAAUUUAAAUCGGUUUUUACGUUUGCAAUUUUGAGUAGUGUGAAAGUGUGAAUGUGACAGCAUUUAACAUCCUCAACUUAGACUCUUUCCUGCACUGCUAGUUUAAGUCACCAGUGUGUUGCUAACAGCAACUCUGUUAAGCAUUUAUUUGUUUAUUAUAAAUUCUACAUUUAUGCUUUAAAAAUAAUUAACUUUUUUAUUCCAUACUAGAAAUUCACAUAAGAAACGUAAAGUAGCUUUCGGUAUUUGUAUAAAUUAUUCUUCCAAAGACUGAUUAAGUGUGUAUAUAAUAAUUGCCGUUAGUGUGCAUCCAAUACAAAAUGAGUGUGUAUAUGUGUAUUUACGUAGGUUUGUAUGAACUAAUAUGUGUAUAGAGUUAUUUUAAUGUAUGUUAAUAAAGAGAUAUAGCCGUAGUGUGAAUAUAAAAUGAAGGUUGUUUGAAAAUGUUCACAAAAAUAAAAUUUAUACUUAUGAAUUGAAAAUAAAACUUUAAUUAUAACAAUGCGAAAAUUAUUAGAGAUAGAUUGAGUUGAUACAAAACCAAAAUUAAAUAUGUUUUUUUGCAACUUUAGUUUUUUUCAAUUUCUUGUUGUAAAAUACACUCAUAUCUUCUUUAAACUAAAAAAGCGGUAUAAGGAAAGUAAUAAGAGUAGAAUGUAAGGGUUAGUAAAUAAAAAAAUAAAAAAUUUUGUUUUACUAAAUUAUUUCCUCUAAUAAUUAAUUUUUUAUUCUUAUUUCUGUCGCUUUAUUUAUUAUAAUUUUUUGUUUUGAAAACUUGUGUUUUAAGAUAAAAUUUGUCCGGUAGCUCAUUUAGAGUUGUGCUAGCUGCUAACUGUUAAAAAAGAAAAAAUAUAUAUUUUUAAAUCUUUUUAUGUUGACAAUUGUUUUGUUCGAGUGUGUGCGUACGAUAAGUUAUGUCAUUAACUCACACGACUAGUUAGCUUAGAUUUAAGUUAAUUUAGGGUAAGUAAACAAAUAUGUAAACUACAAAAAAUUUAUAAAAUGCUUACAGAAGUUCGAAGAAUAAACAUAUAAGCAUAUAUAGAUACUAUAUGUAGUAUAAACAAAUAUAGCAAUUAACUAAGUUGAUAAACUUAAUCAUAAGGCAAUUAAAAUUGUAUAGGAAUAAAAAUAAAAGUAUAUAAUUUAGUUGUAAUUAGUGAAACAAGCAAGCAACAAGAAGACUACAUUGUAAGUGAAGAGAUAAGUAGCAAAUAAAUAACUAGAAAUAUUUAAUAUUAAUUAUUAGUGCGUAUAAAAAUGUGCAGCAUAAAAAGUACGCUAUAAGUACUUAACCUACAAAAAUCUGUGACACAAUUGUAUUUUUAGUGCUGCAGUUAAAAUAGUAAGUGGUUACUAAUUACUUGUCAGAGACAGCAAUAACGCUGGAAACCGUGUUUAAAAGCUAUAAGUUGACAAAUUGUGCAAUACAAGUAUAUACAUAUAUAGAGAACUAGUUAAGUAUGGAAAGAAUUGUGGUAAUAUAAGUAUGUUAUAUUAUGAUGAACGUACGAAAUUUAAAAUGCGUAAAAAAUAAGGGAUUAAUAAUGUAUAAUAAAACACAGAAUUAAUAUUGUA